AUGUCUUCUUUCCGCUUACCGCUCGUCAACCGAGACUUAUACCAACCGUCCUCGCAAACGAUGGAAACGCUGCUGACGAAAGAAGUCACGUCGACUUCGACUUCGUCGUCUGAAUUCAAACAUCCAACAGCGUUUACCGCGCACUCUAAGAAAGAGUACGGUUUGGAUUACUUCCUGAGAGGCGCGCUCGCCGGCGGUAUUUGCUGCGGCGUGACCCACGGCGCGUUGACGCCGGUGGACGUGGUGAAAACGCGCAUGCAAUUGGACCCGAGUAAAUACAGCGGCAUGAUUUCCGGCGCGUCGAAAAUUGCCGCCGAGGAAGGUGCCGGGGCGUUGUUGACUGGUUUAGCGCCGACGUGCUUUGGCUAUUUCGUCCAAGGUUGGUUUAAGUUUGGCGGCGUCGAGUACUUCAAAAUCAAAGCCGUGGAAACUUUGGGAGAACAAAAAGCGUGGGAUAACAAGACGAACAUUUAUUUGGGCGCGGCGGCUGGAGCGGAGUUUAUCGCGGAUGUGUUUUUGUGCCCGUUGGAAGCGACGAGAAUUCGAUUAGUGUCCAACCCGUCGUACGCGUCGAGCAUGCCGGGGGCCAUGGCGAAGAUGGCGAGCGAAGAAGGCAUCGUCAACGCGUUUUAUUCUGGUUUCGGUCCGAUUCUCGCGAAGCAGAUUCCGUACACGAUGGCGAAAUUCGCCGUUCAAGGCGCCGCGGCGGACGAAAUCUACAAAGCCAUGGGCAAAACGAACAAAGAAUGCACCAGCUCUGAAAACUUAUCCGUUUCCUUAGGUUCCGGCGUCAUCGCGGGCGUCUCCGCGGCGAUCAUUUCCCACCCGGCGGAUACGUUGUUGUCUAAAAUCAACAAAGCCGGCGCUGGCGGCACUGGAUCUAUGAUGUCCCGUUUGGGUAACAUCAUCGCCGAAACUGGUAUGGUCAAGUUAGCCACGCAAGGUUUAGCCGCGAGAUGCGUCAUGAUCGGUACCUUAACCGCCGGUCAAUUCGGUAUCUUCGACGUCGUCAUGAACGCCUUGGGCGCGAGCAAGUUUCACUUUCACGACCCGAGCGAUACCAGCGGAGAUGGGCACUAA